UAGUGCAGACACUUAUCACUUCAUCUAUGCUCAUCCAGGACCAGAAAGUUCAAUUCUUGAAGCUGGGGGAGCUAACUGCAGCCCUCCAGCUGUUGGGCUACAAAUAUCAAUAUCUUUGAGCUACCAGCCUCAAUUGCAGCUUUAAGAGGGUAAUGGUGUUCCUAUUUCAAUAACCUUAUUUUAUAUUGGAUGAAGAUUCCACUAUUUAUUUACUGACAUAUUUGGAAGAUGCAAUCUAUAUUCACCAGAGCAUGAGAACGGUCUUUGGGAUUAUUAAAAAGAAAGAAGUCAGUACCACCUCAGACAAUCAACCGUCAUUUCACAAAUUCUUUUUUCUUUUUGCAAGACUGGAUUUUUGAAUCUGUAUAAAUUCCUAUUGACUAGAGAAGAUGCUCAGCUAAGAACCAACGGGCCAAACAUUUUAAGGAUAAUAAGAUACCAGAGCACCAAAGCUUUUUUUCCUUAUUCUUUAAAUAUCAGUAUCUUUAUAGCACACCUUCAUAUCUACUGAAUAUAAUCAAGGAAUCUAUUCUUUCUUUUUUUCCCUUUUAAUAUAGUUUUAUACUCAAGGAUAAAAAAUUACUUUUCAAAAUUUUCAGACAAACAGGAACAGGUAUUAUCUCAAAAUAUUAUUUAUUCUAUAUACAAUAAUAUUUCAAGUGUACAACGAAUCUGUUGUACCGAAGAUAACAAAGGAAUAGAUGUUAUUAUUCUAUGGAUAAAUUAUCAGAUUCUGGAUUUGCAUAACUCUACCACGUACUGGAUCCAGAGCAACUUACCCCUUGGACUUUUUUUUGGAUAUUUUGUUCGUGGACUUCGUAUUUUCUAAACCCCAAUUGGUUUACAGCACAGGGCAUAAUAGCAGCAAUGAUGCUAAACACAGCUGUAUGUAGUAUGCCUCUUUAACUCUAAUUAAAUUAGAUAAAACAGGUAACUAUACAAGAACAAAGCAAUCUACCUUAAAAUCUCGGAGUUGUGUAAAAGAGCACACCGUUACUGAGGUGGAAACCUGAGAAGUCAAACUGAAAGAAGAUGCCUAGGGCUUUUCUGGUGAAAAAAACAUUUUUGGGCUCAGCAAAGAAGAAGUGGGGAGAGGUGCCUGAUGAGGACAGAGGCGAUGUAUAUGUACCAGUGGGCCUAGGAUACGUGGUUCAACAGAAGACAGAGCCCGAGUUAGAGGAGGCCCUUGACCUGUCACUUCAUCACCUUCGCUGUUUGUCCAAUUCCCCUUCAUGCCACGUGACAGAAGGAAGGCAAGAACAAGGAACCCAAGAAAAUGUUCCUACAAUUCAGGGCGAGCAGAGAAUACACUUUCACUGUGCUCUGUGUGAAAAGAGCUUCUCAUUUCAACGCAUGCUGAACCGCCACAUGAAGUGCCACAGCGAGGUCAAGCGGCAUCGGUGCGAACAUUGUGGGAAAGGUUUCAACGAUACAUUUGACCUGAAGAGGCAUGUACGCACCCAUACAGGUGUUCGCCCAUACAAAUGUCACCUCUGUGAAAAAGCCUUUACACAACGUUGCUCACUGGAAUCUCACCUGAAGAAGAUCCAUGGUGUGCAACAGAGUUAUGCCUAUAAAGAACGGCGAACCAAACUCUACGUCUGUGAGGAUUGUGGUUUCACUGCUGACAGCCAGGAGAGUCACCUCCAUCACCUUCAAGACCAGCAUCCUUCUAGUGCCCUGUUAAAUCGAACCUCCAAGAAGUUAGCUGUAGUUCUGCAGAAUAGUGUCAAUACAUUGCUGCAGGGUGGUCCUAUUAUCUAAAUCUUUUUAGGUCCAAUUGCUAUGGUAAGCACUGACUAAUUUCAAUAUGUAUUUUUUUUUACUGGAACAUAAUUUUUACAGAUUAAAAACAAGCUUCCCAAUGCAGCCUUUGUUUUUAGUAACAGAUACAAAGCCCACAUACAUUUAUGGAGCAUGUAAGAUUUAUGCCAUUUGUUUUAUUUGGGUUUUUAUUAGGUUAAGGGCCUAUGGAACCAUUUCAUAUGCACAUUAAAACCAAAUAAUCAAGACAGAAAAGUACUCCCCAUUGCAGUAAAUGUGAAUUUCACAAAAAUAUUUACAGAAUUCCCCAUUGCCAAAUGCAAUAAAGCCUUUUUUCUGGUGAA